GCUUGAGAAGAAGGUCUAUGGCGGCGGUGGUUAGGCGAUAUUCACUGCACUUCCAGUACACCUAAUGCAACUUUUCACCAACUUCCACCACUGCAAGCCAGACUGCGCCUCCUUUCUGUGCAAAAACUCGCAGUCAGGAAUCACUCCAGACCCGGGGCUGCGCAGAAAACCCCAGCACCCCUUUUUUUAAAAAAGAAAAACCCUUAUUUUUUUUUCCUUUUCUUGGCUGUGUGUGUGUGUGUUUGUGAUUUUUUUUUCCCCCUUUUUCCGGCAAGCAGAUGUCGUUGUUUUUGAGCUUUGCAGACAUGGCGCACCUCCAUUUUUGAGCGACUUUGUGCGCUUUUAUUUCUUCUCUGUAUAUUUCUACAAGCCGGGAUCAAAAGGAAAAAGAACAAGGCAUGAUUUUUUUCAACUCUUCGACUUUUUGGAGCCUUUGAGAGAGAGAAAGAAAUCGGUUUCGUUUUAGCUAAGUUUAGUCGACGGUGCAGAAACUAGCUUGAGCCUCAGCCAUACAUGGAACAGAGCUUGUCGGAGUGCGACAAUGGUAUUGAGUGCUUAAACAAUGUCGCUGCUGCGUCAGGGCUUUGCAAGUCGACCAGCGGGCAGCUGCUGACUCCGGUGGACUUGCUCGCUCGCUGCGAGUUUGACAGAGCAGAGCGGCGUUCCCUCAGUCCCCAUCCACGUGUAGCCCAGAACAAAACCGAGCCCCCAAACUUGCCUGGCCCCACCACCAUGUCCAGCCAGGGCAAAAACACUGAGGACGACGGCUCAGAUCACAGCAAUGCUUCCAGCAAUUUAGCUUCUGAAGAAUCCAACCACUCUGCCUCAGGAUCAGAGUCGGGCAGCCAGUCUGAAAGUGAGCAGGCAAGCGAGUCCAACAACAGCAGCUCAGAGUCCUCCGAGUCCCAAUCAGAAUCGGAAAGCGAAUCGACCGGCUCCAAGUUACAGCAGACUGCCCCCGAGAACAAGGACAAGCCUUUGAGUAAGAAGGAGAGGAUAGCUGAUGUUAAAAAGAUGUGGGAAGAAUAUCCAGAUGUUUAUGGGGUUAGGAGGUCAAACCGCAGCAGACAGGAACCGGCUCGACUUAACGCUGGAGCAGAGCAGGAGAGCAGCGAAAACUCCGAGAAUGAGACUCCAAGGCGGCGAGGAAGGAGGAGAGCCAGCAAUUGGAAGAACACAAAAGCCGAGAUUGAGGAGGAUGAAGAUGAAGAGGAGAACGAAGAAGAAGGUGAUGAGGAGGAGGAAGACGAGGAGGAGGAGGCAACUGGCAGUGCGGAAAGUGAGCCUGUGAGGAAAGUGCGGGCCCGUCGCCCAGUUACCAGAAGAGCUAUGCCAAAGAGCCGAGGCAAGAGGCAAAACACGCGGAGGGGAAAGAAGAGGCGGCGGGAUUCUUCUGAUGAAGAUGACGAUGAUGAUGAUGCUCCGAAGCGACAAACGCGCAAGUGUGUGACCAAAAAUGUGAGUUAUAAAGAAGAUGAUGAUUUUGAGACUGAUUCAGAUGAUCUCAUCGAAGUUACAGGAGAGCCAGCAAUGGAAGAGAACGACGACAGUGAAACAAUUGAGAAAGUGAUAGACUCCCGCAUUGGGAAAAAAGGAGCUGUUGGAGCACGGACCACGGUCUACGCUGUGGAGGCCGAUGGGAAUCCAGGUGCAGACUUCGACCCAGAGAAGGAUGAGUCAGAGCUGCAGUACCUGAUCAAAUGGAAAGGCUGGUCGUACAUCCACAACACCUGGGAGAGUGAGGAGUCGCUGAAACAACAGAAAGUGAAGGGCUUGAAGAAACUGGAGAACUUCAUCAAAAAGGAAGAGGAGAUUAACCAGUGGCUGGCCAAAGCUUCCCCAGAAGAUGUCGAGUACUACAACUGUCAGCAGGAAAUGACUCACGAACUCAAUAAACAAUACCAGAUUGUGGAGAGAGUGAUUGCUAUGAAGACUAGUAAAUCAUCGUCCACUCACUCUGACUUCCCAUCACAUUCCAGCCACAAAACCUCGUCCUCUGGCCAGCCCGACUAUCUCUGCAAGUGGAUGGGUCUGCCGUAUGUGGACUGCAGCUGGGAGGAUGGCGCACUGAUUUCCAGAAAGUUCCAGGCGUGCAUUGAUGCCUUCAAUAACCGCCACAAUUCCAAAACGAUUCCUUCCAAAGACUGCAAGGUCUUGAAGCAGAGGCCGAGAUUUGUUGCCAUAAAGAAGCAGCCUACCUAUAUCGGCAGUGAGGGCUUGGAAUUGAGGGAUUACCAACUUGAGGGUCUGAAUUGGCUCAUUCACUCCUGGUGCAAGGGCAACAGUGUGAUCCUGGCCGAUGAAAUGGGUCUGGGUAAAACUAUCCAGACCAUCUCCUUCCUCUCAAACUUAUUCAACCAGCACAUGCUGUACGGCCCCUUCCUGCUGGUUGUCCCAUUGUCUACCCUCACUUCCUGGCAGAGAGAGUUCGAAAUCUGGGAGCCCAACAUGAAUGUGGUUGUCUACAUUGGCGAUGUCAUGAGUCGCAAUACGAUCCGAGAAUAUGAUUGGAUACACCCUCAGACUAAACGAUUGAAGUUUAAUGUUCUGAUAACAACAUACGAGAUCUUGCUGAAGGAUAAGACUGUUCUGGGCAAUAUAAACUGGGCUUUCCUGGGAGUUGAUGAAGCUCAUCGACUGAAGAACGACGACUCCCUCCUGUACCGGACCCUGAUUGACUUCCGCUCCAACCAUCGGCUGCUGAUAACGGGGACACCACUGCAGAACUCGCUGAAGGAGCUCUGGUCGCUGCUGCACUUCAUCAUGCCGGAAAAGUUUGAUUCUUGGGAAGACUUUGAAGAAGAGCAUGGCAAAGGGCGGGAGAACGGUUUCCAGAGCCUCCACAGGGUCCUAGAGCCCUUCCUGUUACGCAGAGUGAAGAAGGACGUUGAGAAAUCUCUGCCUGCCAAAGUUGAGCAGAUUCUCCGGGUGGAGAUGUCAGCCUCACAGAAGCAGUAUUAUAAGUGGAUAUUGACGAGAAAUUACAAGGCUCUCACCAAAGGGAGCAGGGGGUCGUCCUCGAGCUUCCUGAACAUCAUGAUGGAGCUGAAGAAAUGCUGCAACCACUGCUACUUGGUCAAACCCUGUGAGGAGGACGAGACACUAACCAGUCAGGAAGUGUUGCAUAAUCUGAUCAAGAGUAGCGGCAAGCUGAUCCUUCUGGAUAAGCUGAUGACCAGGCUUCGCGAGCGAGGGAAUCGGGUGCUCAUUUUUUCCCAGAUGGUGCGGAUGUUGGAUAUUCUGGCCGAAUACCUGACCAUUAAACACUAUCCCUUCCAGCGUUUAGAUGGGUCUAUAAAAGGGGAAUUAAGAAAACAAGCCUUGGAUCACUUCAACGCAGAAGCAUCUGAGGAUUUCUGCUUCCUCCUGUCCACAAGAGCGGGAGGACUCGGGAUUAACCUGGCCUCUGCUGACACUGUGAUCAUCUUCGACUCUGACUGGAAUCCUCAGAAUGACUUGCAAGCUCAGGCCCGCGCCCACAGGAUAGGCCAGAAGAAACAGGUGAAUAUUUACCGCCUGGUUACGAAAGGGACAGUGGAGGAGGACAUCAUCGAGCGUGCCAAGAAGAAGAUGGUCCUGGAUCAUCUUGUCAUCCAGAGGAUGGAUACCACAGGGCGGACGGUGUUGGAUAACUCAGCCCGUCCUUCACACUCAACACCAUUCAACAAGGAGGAGCUGACAGCGAUUUUGAAGUUCGGAGCAGAGGAGUUGUUCAAGGAGCCGGAAGGCGAGGAGUCUGAGCCGCAGGAAAUGGACAUCGAUGAGAUCCUGAGACUGGCAGAAACGAGAGAGAAUGAGCAGUCUGUGAGCCCCACUGACGAACUGCUCUCCCAGUUCAAGGUGGCUAACUUCACCACAAUGGAGGAGAACGAGCCAGAAGUGGACGAGAAGCAGACCAAAGAAUGGGACGACAUCAUCCCGGAGGACCAGCGGAAAAAGAUCGAAGAGGAGGCGCGGCAGAAGGAGCUGGAGGAAAUCUACAUGCUUCCAAGGAGCAGGAGUUCAACUAAAAAGGCUCGGGCUCACGGCAGCGAUUCGGACGCUGGGUCGCGGCGAAGGCGGCAGCGCUCGUCUGGAUCGGAGAGUGAGACAGAGGAGAGUGAAGAUGAAGAGAAGCGGCCCAAGCGAAGAGGCCGGCCUCGAACCGUCCGCAGAGACAUGGUGGAUGGCUUCACCGACGCUGAAAUCCGGAGGUUUAUUAAGAGUUACAAGAAGUUUGGUGCUCCUCUUGAAAGGCUCGAGGGUAUAGCACGUGACGCUGAGCUUGUGGACAAGUCCAUUGCAGACCUGCAGCGGCUGGGUGAACUCAUACACAACAGCUGUGUGAUGGCUCUCAAGGAGUUUGAGGAACAGCUGAAGGAGAAUCCAGGCCUGGAGGGGAAGGGUCCAGGUAAGAAGAGGGGUCCGACCAUCAAGAUUUCAGGUGUCCAGGUCAACGUUAAGUCAAUUCUGAUCCACGAGGAUGAAUUUGAGGCUCUUCAUAAAGCCAUUCCCCUUGACCCUGAGGAAAGAAAAAAGUAUCGCUUGCCCUGUCACGCGAAGGCUGUGCACUUCGACACAGAUUGGGGUGUGGAGGAGGAUUCCAAUUUGCUGAUAGGGAUCUAUGAGUGUGGUUAUAGCAACUGGGAGCAGAUAAAAAUGGACCCUGAUCUGCAGCUUACCAAUAAGAUUCUUCCAGAUGAUCCAGAUCGGAAGCCACAGGCCAAGCAUCUCCAGUCACGAGCCGACUACCUAAUCAGGCUGCUGAAGAAGGACAUGAUCAAGAAGGCUGGGCUGAAGCAGGAAGAGGAGUCUAAACCAAAGAAGCGGAAACCGCGAGUGAAGAAGGAGAACAAGGCUCCCAGACUGAAGGAUGAGAGUGGUAACGACAUCUCCUCCCCUCGCCUGUCUGACAAUGCUUCGGAGGAGGAUGGUGAGCUAAAGGAUGGCGGUUUGGACCAAACUCCAAUGAAGAAAAAGCUGAAGAAGAAGGACAACAAAGAGAACAAGGAAAAGGGUGACGUGAAGAAGGAAAAGGAUGGGCAGAAAGGGAAAAAGAAGACCAAGACCAAGAAGGAGAAGAUGAAAUCAGACGCUAAAGACAAGGCUCGGAAGUCUGUUUCCAAGGGUCCAGUGCACAUUACGGCAGGUAAUGACCCGGUGCCAAUUGGAGAGGAGGGCGAGGACGAACUGGACCAAGAGACCUUUAGCAUUUGCAAGGAGAGAAUGAGGCCGGUGAAGAAAGCCCUAAAGCAGUUAGACAAGCCGGAGGAUGGACUUUCAGAGAAGGAGCAGCUACAGCACACUCGCAGCUGCCUGCUGAAGAUCGGAGACCGGAUCACUGACUGCCUGAAGACCUACACCGACUCCGAACACGUGAAGAUCUGGAGGAGAAAUCUCUGGAUUUUUGUCUCCAAGUUCACUGAGUUUGAUGCCCGGAAGUUGCACAAGCUGUACAAGUUGGCACAGAAAAGGCGGUCCCAGGAAGAGGUAAAGGAGGAACAGAAGAAGAAAGAGAAUAAUUCCGAGAACAGGCGGCAGUUCAAGCCAGAGCCGUCGGGAUCGAGCCGGGACUCCAUGAGCUCACAGUCACACAUGCAGCACGGGCCUCAUGGUCCACAGCUGCUCCCCCCGCACCACCAACAGCAGCUGCACCCCCACCACCGAGACCUCUACACUCAGCUCAGCAAGAGGCCUUUCAACAACACAGAUCGGGGAGACCGGCAGAGGGAUCGGAUGUACAACUACAGCAACCAGCACUGGGUAGCAGACCGGCACCACCCCUACGACCAGCACAGGUACAAGGACCAUCACUUUGGCGAUCGGAGGCCUCGCGGAGACCCCCACAGGAAUUCCGGCAACUACCGGCCAAACAACAUCCACCGCAAGAGACCAUACAACCAGUACGGCAGCGAGCGCGACCACCGAGGUCAUCGAGAUUAUUACGACAGGCGUCAUCAGGACAUGAAGCGCCGCAGGUCAGACGAGUUCAGACCUCAGGACCACCACAACCUAGGGCACCAACCAGACUUCCGUCGACUGCCUGAUCACAGGGGACCCGGACCCUACCACAGCCAAGGACCUUCCGAACACUAUAGACCAUUUCACAUUGAAAAGCCAAUGGAGCACAAGGUGCCUGCGCCAGACCAUCGCUCACCCCUCUCCCAGAAAUCACCCCAUGAUUCGAGAUCCCCCCAUGAGCAUCGGUCCCCUCUGGACCGCUCGCUGGAGCACAAGAACACUCCCGACUACAACUGGAAUGUGAGGAAAACGUAGAGUCAGUUCUGAGGGAAACUGCUGCAAGUUCUCUGUGUCUUGUUUGAAUAGAACCCUCACAUUAUCCUUUUCCACACACACACACACACACACACACGCACAUACACACACACACACACACUCUCUCUCUCUCUCUCUCUCACACACACACACACACACACACACACACACACACACACACACAACCAAGGAGAGACUACUGUGAUACCAAUGGCAGAGCGAAUGUGAAAAAUUCGGGUACAAUGGGAGAGGUUUCUGCUGCUUGAACAGAGGGAUGUUUGCAAUUUGGACAAAGACUUGGGUCAGCAUCGGUGCAGAAUUUGCCCUGGCUCACUCUGGAAUCUUGACCAGCCUGGGAGGAAAGGAAAAAUCGACCUUUGGGAGAUGGCAACUCUUGUGUUACAGGCAAUGAUUCUAUUGUUCUGUUUUUUAAAAAAAAGAACCCUCGAGCAGGCGAUCAGCAGAGAGUGUAUUUCAUAAGGAAAAUGUCCUAUCUCCUGUCAACUUUGUCUGCUUAAACGACUUCUCUGUUUUACUUUAAAUGUGCGUGACAAAUGCUCUCUGUGCUCAGUGGUGUUGGGCAGGCCCGUCCUUCUCCUGAACAGAUUUCCAAAAAAUCACGGUGGUGGGGGUUGGUGGGGAGGGGGCAGGUCUCUGCUCAAUGUCGUCAGCAGUACUGGUGUCAAGGUGGAGGGAGCGGUGUGGUGUGCACGACUCCAUCUGUCUGGCACUCCCGUAACUUGCUGAAGGAAUACCAAAAAGAAAAAGGGAGAGGGGAGAGCAGCAAGUUCUUAAAUUCUUCCGUAGACGAGGCUUUUGUGCCUCUUUAGAACAGAAAGCAGUGUGGGCAGGACUAUCAGCACUUUGUAUUCGGUUGGAAUGUACCUUUUUCUGACGCUUCAACCUGUCUUUAGAAUGUAGUGUCUUUAUUUGCAACAAAGAAGUAUUAGGAUAUUGCCUACUCAAGAAUCAAAAGAUUAGUACCUUGAUUCUAACAGUCUUCAAUUCCCACAAUAUUGAAGUCUUGUGCCGCAGUCUCUCACAACGUAAGCACUUUGUUCAAUUCGCUUUUCUCUUCAUGCUGCCUGUUCCGAGGCGCCUCGGUUUGUGUGGAUCACUUUAAUCCUCACUGUAAAAUAACUUAUUUUUUUACUACUUCGUUCUGACCUGUGUUUGAUAGGAGGGGUUUAAAGAAAUAACAUACUUUUUUUCUAGUUAGGAAAAGACUGAGCAGGUGAAAAAGAUUUGAUUUACCAGAGCAGAAUGGUAGGUUGCUCUGAGAAAUAUUCUCAAAGUGACUGACUGUGCCAUACAAUGUAGAGAUUGUCAGUGUUGAAGCUCCAGUGUGUCUCUGCAUUUCUGGACCCAGGACUCUCCUGAACGUUGUUCCUUUUUUUUAAGUUGUUUCCAGUCAAGGAGAAAAUGAAGCUUUGUCUCCUUAUGUGCCCUGUAAUUCACCUUCACCCUUCCCCACCAACAUGGCUGCUUUCACGUAUUCACGCCGGUCACAAGUUCACUCACAGCCGACAACACAACUGCACAUGCCCAUCAACGGUUACGGCUGAGAGAACAUUCUUCAUAACAGACCAAUCCAAUUUAACUUCUUGGCUGGGGUGGGGAGUGAGAAGGAGCAAUUUGAGGGAGCUUCUGAACAUCGUCAUGUUUAGUUUCUUCCAAAAAAAAGUGAACUCCUGGAAGCACGUUUCCGUUCAGUAGGGAGAGGAACGUUUCAGGUCAGGGGCUCCAGCUCUGGGGAACAUAAAAGAAGCAGGCAUUAAGUGAUGGGGAGAACAAAGUGAAUGUCUGUGAUAGGGUAAGGUGGUCAUGGUAAUGGUUACUUUGUGAACAAGACUGGCCAAAGGAAUGGUAUAACCACACAUGGGGACAAGGAUAGGAUGAACAUAGAACACAGUACAGGCCCUUCGGCCCAUUAUGUUGUGCCUACCUCUUAACCUACGCUAAGAUCAAUCUAACCCUUCCCUCCUACAUAGCCCUCUAUUUUUUCUAUCUCCAAGUGCUUAUCUAAUACCUCUAAUGUAUCUGCUUCUACCACCAGCACUGGCAGGGAGUUCCACAUACCCACCACGCUCUGUAAAAUAAAAACUUAACUCUGACAUAUCCCCUAUACUUUACUGCAAACACCUUAAAAUUAUGCUCCCUCAUAACAGCCAUUUCCGCCCUAGGAAAAAGUCUCUGGCUAUCCCCUCAAUCUAAGCCUCUUAUCAUCAUGUACACCUCUGUCAGGUUACCUCUCAUCCUCCUCCACUUCAAAGAAAAAAGCCCUAGCUCACUCGACCUUUCCUCAUACGACAUGCUUUCUAACUCAGGCAAUAUCCUGGUAAACUUUCUCUGCACCCCCUCUGAAGCUUCCUCAUCCUUCCUGGUGACCAGAACUGAACACAUUUUGCAAGUGUGGUCUAACCAGAGUUGUACAGAGCUGCAACAUAUCUCACAGCUCUUCAACUCAUUCCUCCCCGACUAAUGAGGACCAACACACCACAUGCUGCCUUAACAGCCCUAUCAAUUUGCACAGCAACUUUGGGGGAUCUAUAGCCCUGAACCCCAAGAUCCCUCUGUUGGUCCACAAUGGUUACCUGAAGUUAUGGAAUUCAGUGUUAGGUGACUAGGCAGCAACAUUCCCAAUCAGGAGAGAUGGUGAUUUCCCUCUAGUCAGCCUUCAAUCACAGGUUUGCACUCUGCAGGUUAUAAUGCUUUUAUUUUCUUUUGUGUUCUGAUGCAAAGUUUUGGUCCGAAAUAUAGAUUGUUUCACUCCUGACCUGCUGACUGUUUCUGUUCUCUGCUGCUUUUCCCCCCGAUUUGGAAGUUACUUUUUCAUUCUAGCUGCAGUCGGCUUUCUUUCAAGUCCAUUGAGCUGAAUAAAUUAUUUCUUACCUGUAUAUUGUUUGGGCACUAAUGCACUAACAGGUUCUGGAACCUUAAUUUAUCGCUCUCAUUUCAUGUUUAAGACCAUAAGAUAUAGGAGCAGAAUUAGGCCAUUUGGCCCAUUGAGUCUGCUCCACCUUCUUAUUAUACAUUAUUCCUGUUAGCCCCAAUUUCCAGCAUUCUCUCCCUAUCCCUUCAUGCCCUUACCAAUUAAAAGUCUAUCAACCUUUGCCUUAAAUAUUCGUAAAGACUUGGCCUCUACAGCUGCCUGCGGCAAAAAAUUCCACAGAUUCACCACUCUGGCUAGAGAAGUUUCGCCCUCAUGCCCGUUCUAAAAGGACACCCUUCUAUUCUACUCCACCACCAUCCCUAGGUGGUAACUCUCAACCUGCUCCCAUUUCCUUGACUGGUGAAGUCCACACAACAGGGACAGACAGCUCAAAUGGCAGUGAAAAAGUGUUAGUUAAGCAAUACAAUCCCUUCCCCCAGUUCUCGCUGUGAACAUAACAGUACCUCCUCCCCGGACUGAGUGGAAUUAUAAACUUUUUUAAGGAGUGCACAGCUGAUGAAUGCUAACUGUGAUCUGGUCUGAUUGUCCCCAAAGUUGAGCUUUGAUGGUGAACCUAGCAGUGGUUGGCUCGGUAGGUAACUGGAGGAGAUCGAGUACACACACUACCUUAUUCCUCACUGACUUUCAUUUCAUACGAUUGCUACUUAGCCUUGUGUAUUCUGCUGCUAACCGUACCGUCCUGCAACUGUGGGGGAGAGGUCCUGACAGUGUUAGCUGUUGAAUGGCCGGUGUCAAUUAAACUGCACUACGCCGUUGGUUCAUGUAACAUCACUUCAGUACCAUAGUAACAGUUGGUUUAAAAUAUUCAGGAAGCAGUAAGGAUUAAAUUUAAUGUUUGCAUACUCCCAAGUCUGAAGGAAUGAUGGUCGCAAGACUCCGUGUUUCUGCACCGCCGUUCCAGACGUAGCCUCUAAACCUUCAUCCAGUGCUUGAGCCUGACACAUUCACUUGGAACUUGCUCGUCCCUGUGUUACCACUCUGCGUGUUAGAAGUUGUGCCCGCGGGCUGAGGUGACCCAUGGACCUUGCCCGACAUGUUACUUAGAACGUAGCUGGCCCGCGUGGUGUCACAGCACUGGUGUCCACACGUGAUCCUCGGCAUAGUAAGCAGUUUUUUUCAGUUCUAGGGCAACCAGACACACCUUGCUGGGAUUUGGAGGGGUUAACAGUUCCGUGCCUGUGCUGUAAGUGCAGUGAACUUUGCGAUAAUUCCUAUAUUAAGUCACACAACCCCACACUAUCAAGGAGGAAGUGAAUGGUGAGUGCAGAAAUAUCUAUGGUGUCAAAGGCACAGAAACAAGGGGGGACUGAGCCCCAUGGUCUAAACUGGUGAUGUCUGCUACUUCAGCCCAGAAUAAGCCACAUGUCCAGUAAGGGAGUUAAUGCAAACCAAGGUGUUAAUGUGAAAUCUGUCUGGAAUGGGUGUGUGAGGACUAAAGGUUGGAUUGGUUUGUUUCACGACACUUUCAACUGUAAAUUUGCUAUUUUCUCGAUGCACAAUUGCGAUCAAACUGUAUGUAAGGAGACCAAGGAGCUGGGUGGGUGAGGUUCAUGCAUGGGGAGGUGUGUGGGAUUUUAUGGUCAUAAGCAGUUGUAUCCACUGAGGAACGAGCAGUGCCAGCUCAGAGUUGUGAUUCGCAUCUUCGCUGACGAGGGAAAAACAUCCCAGUGGUAACUUGCGUGAAAGGUGUCCUGGAGCCCCAAAAUCAUGCUCCGGGUAAGGCAGUGACUGUCCUUCGCUGGGAUAAGUUGUUCUGUGAGGAAUUUGUAACAAUAAAUGGGAGCUACUGUGCUAAUGAGAAGUGAUGGAGAUUGGGAACUAGGUGAAGAGCCCUUUCAAAGUGUCUUCUGAAGAAAACUGAAAUUGACCACUUAAAACUGAUUUGUUUUGCCCUGGUGUAGAAUGCUAUAUGUAGGGUGAACAUAAACAAGUGCAACUGUUUAUUGCUGACGGUUCUGCAAUGUGCAGUUGGUAUGAGUGCUCUAAAUCUUCCAUAUGACAGUAUUGGGCUGCUGUUACCUUCCAAUGCUGCCUCUGUAUCAGACACAAUGUGAAGCAAUUAGAAGAAUAUAUUACCCUGUUUUACAUUUUUAAGGACAUUUUUUUAGUCACAACUCCUAGACAAUUAUAAUGAUGGAGAUGUCUAUGGAAUGGAAGAGGAUGAAAAAAAAGAAAUCAGCUGCCAAGCCCCAUGUAUUUUGUUUUGCUGAAAUGGUCGGUACAGUUUCUGUAAAAACUUAUGUGGACUUUUUAAAUGACUUUAAAGAAAAGUAAAUAUUAAUUUAUAUUUGUGAAAAGGCCACUGUUAGUGCAUUUUGAUGUAAAUACUUUGUUUAUAGUACGUAUUAAAUUUU